AGUGCGGCCCUGAUUAUAUUAACAGGAAGAAGCCUGAAAAUGACUUAUGCACUUGGCGUCUGCGCAGUGGCAUUUCCGGCACGGGAAACACGAUGUUACAUUUAAGAUGUUAUCAAAAAGCACAGACUGCCAGAUUUCUCAUGCUGAAAAGGCUUUUUAUGUCUGAGAAGGAAAGACCAGUGAUGACUUUGUUCACAAAGAAUCCAUGUCCUCUGUGUGAUGAGGCAAAAGAAGCUCUUGCACCAUAUAUGGACAGGUUUGUUCUAGAGCAAGUGGAUAUAACUCAGCCGGAGAAUGCAGCCUGGUAUGACCGAUAUAAGUACGACAUUCCCGUUUUUCAUCUGAAUGGACAAUUCCUAAUGAUGCACAAAGUAAACAUUAAGAAACUAGAAAAGCACCUUGGUAACCUGGAGCAACAAAAUAAAUAACAUUGACAAAACGGACACUUUUCUUUACUCUUGUCUCUUUGAAACUAGAAAUUCUUAGUGCUUCAUGAGUGAUGUGCAUUAGUCUGGUUAAACUCUCCUAGUUUUCUAAACGCUUGGAGUUUUCCUCUAAAAAAGAAGUAUCAUUCCAUGACCAUCAUUAUUCACUGAUACAACCACAGAGAAACAACAGCCGAAGGUGGGCCUAGACAAUAUUUUAGCUACUUUUAAUGCUAUUUAUGUACAGUAAGAAUACAGUUUUUUGGCCGAUGUCAUGCACAACUGGAAUUAUAUCAUUUAAAUCCAAAGAUUGCUUUGCAUUAUUAAAUUAUUAAAAAGAUAUUUAGCAGACAACAUAUAGGCAAGGUCAAGUUCCUCUUAGCCCAAGAGACCUGCAUCAAAUACAUAAUACAUGCCAGUUACAUACUAGUGACAAAAUAAGAAGGAAGCCAGUCAGAGGCCAACAACUAGGGUAGUCUUUCCCUAAUCCCUUUCCCUUGUAAAUUGUUCCUGUUCUCACCAGGCUAGCGAAUGAAGGAAUGCAUGUAGGCUUGUAAAGAUGUCAAAAAUAUUUAUUAUUCUGGAGAUAUUCUGUCAUAAAAAGAAGUCCCUUGUGCACCUCUGUUUUAUUGCCCUCCAUCUGUAGAUUGGAGAUUCCCAGU